CCGAGCGCCGCGGCCCGGGCACGGGCACCGCGCUCCGCUCCGCACCGCUCCGCACCGCUCCGCCCGCAGCGGAGGCAGGGCCGGGCGGGCCGAACCGAGCCGAGCCGAGCCGAACCGAACCGAACCGAACCGGGCGGGGGGGACCCGCCCGCAGCACCGAGCAGCUCCGCGCCGGCUGCGGGGAUGUGAGCGGAGGCUCCGCCGGCAGCGCCGCCGCUCCGCGCCCGGGAAGAUGCUGAGCAGGUGGAUGAGUGGCAGCAGCAGGAACCUGGACCGCGAGUACAACUGCACCGUGCGGCUGCUGGACGACAGCGAGUACACCUGCACCAUCCAGAGAGAUGCCAAGGGUCAGUACCUGUUCGACCUUCUGUGCCACCACCUGAACCUGCUGGAGAAGGACUACUUCGGCAUUCGGUUUGUGGACCCCGACAAGCAAAGGCAUUGGCUGGAGUUCACAAAGUCGGUUGUGAAGCAGAUGAGGGCCCAGCCGCCCUUCACCAUGUGUUUCCGCGUCAAGUUUUACCCCACGGACCCCGCGGCUCUGAAGGAGGAGAUCACCAGGUAUUUAGUCUUCCUGCAGAUCAAACGAGAUCUCUACCACGGCCGUCUCCUCUGCAAGACUUCAGAUGCUGCUUUGCUGGCCGCCUAUAUCCUUCAAGCCGAGAUCGGGGACUACGACCCGGGGAAGCACCCGGAGGGCUACAGCUCCAAGUUCCAGUUCUUCCCCAAGCACUCGGAAAAGCUGGAGAGGAAAAUUGCAGAGAUCCACAAGUCGGAGCUGAGUGGGCAGACACCAGCUACUUCAGAGCUGAAUUUCCUAAGGAAAGCCCAGACUCUGGAGACCUAUGGAGUUGACCCACACCCCUGCAAGGACGUGUCGGGAAAUGCGGCGUUUUUGGCCUUCACUCCCUUCGGGUUCGUGGUGCUGCAGGGAAACAAGCGAGUACACUUCAUCAAAUGGAAUGAGGUGACCAAAAUGAAAUUUGAGGGAAAGACUUUCUAUUUAUACGUAAGUCAGAAGGAGGAAAAGAAAAUUGUCCUUACCUAUUUUGCCCCAACGCCAGAAGCCUGCAAGCACCUCUGGAAGUGUGGGAUCGAAAACCAAGCCUUCUACAAGCUGGAGAAGUCGAGCCAGGUCCGGACGGUGUCCAGCAGCAACUUGUUCUUCAAAGGAAGCCGGUUCCGAUACAGUGGCCGCGUUGCAAAAGAAGUGAUGGAGUCCAGCGCCAAGAUCAAGCGGGAGCCGCCGGAGAUACAUCGGGCAGGGCUGGUGCCGAGCCGGAGCUGCCCCUCCAUCACCCACGGCCCCCGCCUGAGCAGCGUGCCCCGCACCCGCAGGAGAGCCGUUCACAUCUCCAUCAUGGAAGGCCUGGAGUCGCUGCGUGACAGCGCCCACUCCACCCCGGUGCGCUCGGCCUCCCACGGCGACGCCUUCGUGCCCCCCGGCCGCGGCGGCCGCGCCGAGAGCAGCGAGCGGGUGGCCGUCAUCGCCGACGAGAGCUACAGCCCGGCCGACAGCGUGCUGCCCACGCCGGUGGCCGAGCACAGCCUGGAGCUGAUGCUGCUGUCGCGGCAGCUGAACGGGGCUCCGUGCAGCAUCGAGGAGGAGAAGGAGUCGGAGGCCGGCACGCCCAGCGCGGCCGAGGCCGAGGAGCCGGGCGAGCUCCGCGCCCUGUGCCUGGGCGCCAGCGGCCGCGGCGGGACACAGGCGGAACAGGUGAAUAAGUUUGUUUUAAGUGUCCUCCGUUUGCUCCUUGUGACAGUUGGACUCCUCUUUGUUUUGCUCCUUCUCCUGAUCAUCCUUACCGAGUCCGACCUUGACACUGCCUUUUUCCGCGAUAUCCGCCAGACCCCCGAGUUCGAGCAGUUCCAUUACCAAUACUUUUGUCCCCUCAGGCGAUGGUUUGCCUGCAAAGUCCGCGCCGUGGUAAGCCUGCUCAUUGACACCUGAAGGCAGGAGCCGCCACAAAACUAGCCAGGCGGACUCGGGAGAGACCUGCUGCUGUCCCCAGCGAGCGGGACCUUUGUGGCACCUUCAGCUCUUGCAAUAACUCCUUCUCCCAUGACCCCGAGUACAGUGCUGCCUAGGACGUUUCUUUCCAGGAGGACGAGAGGGGUAGACGCAGACCAGACACUUGUCCUUCCCUAGCCUGCUCGGCCGCUGCUUCCACCCCUUGGAGCCCGCAGAAUAAGUUAAGGUUUCCGUUUUGAUUUUUCACAGCCGCGUGUGUUACUUUUGGAAGUACCAAAUAAAGAGAGGAAUUUAUUUUACUAUUACCACUGAUCAUUGUACAAGCAUCAGCCAGCGGCUGAGAGGCCAGAGAUGCUGUAUUACGCAGGAGCUUUAGCAAUGGUGCUACUGAGUUUUAAUUUAAACACUUGUGUAUCGUUACGUUAUCGAAUCCGCCACUGUGCGCCACGCCACCGCCCACCAAGCACCGCUUUGCAGAGCGCGCUCCUUCCGAGCCGGAGCCUCCCGCGGGGCACCCCCUGGCCGGCCUCGCCCCGCGCCGGCUCCUUCUGAUGCAGGCGGCCGUGGCCCUCGCCCUGCGCCACACGCGGCCUCCUGGGACUGUCUCUGCGCCAUGGCCGGUCCCUGUCCGGCUGCCCACGGCACCGCGCUUCGCAGCUGUGGCUCCAGGCCCCGCGCCGGUGGGCGAGAGCUCGGCCAGCCCCGGCGCACAGCCGGGGAUGGUUAGUAAGCCAGCGAGCCUCAGAAAGCUGUACUCCUUUUGUACAAACAAAGAGACUGUUUCAACGUAUAUUUUAACAACGAAAAGCUAUUUUGUUAUUGAACCUAACCGAGUCUUUUUUUACUUUACGGAUUGGGUGAACGCGGUGCGCUGUACCAAGGGGCUGGAGCCGAGCGAAUGGUGUAAAUGUUUUUUGUAGACUGGAAGCCUAACGUCAGUUUAACGUGUUACUAGUUUUGGAAUACAGAGAGGAGCUCUAAUUUUAUGACUUUUCUGAAGAUAAAAAGGACAGAACUACCGGAGCAGAGGUAACACUGGAAAAGCCAAUGGAUAACCAUUAGACCUAUCUAUUCUUAAGCAAAAAUAAACAAAAAAUAGCUCAUUGUACUUGUGUCAUAGCCGCCGGGACCUUCAGUUACCUGGGAAGCAUAACAGUCUCUUACACAGGGAGCAAUAAAAGCCAGUUCUGUUAAGUUUUGGACGAGAAGUUGGACGUACUCAACGCAGGGAGACCAGACGAGCGAGUUUUAUUUCAUCUCAGGGAGAGAUUUUACGUAAGCUGGGGCCAUAACUGCAGUUUUAAGCAGCCCGAUUCCCGCGUUCCUGCCCGAGCAGCCCGCCAACCAUCCCCGGUGGGGCCGGCCCCGGGCAGCGGCGCCCGGCACAGCGCGGUCACCGCUCACCCCGACGCCGCCCGAUCACGGCCCAGCAGCCGAGGGGGUUGGCGUCCCACUGUGGCUCUGAGCAGACAGGUGAAGUCCCGAGCGCUGCCAGGAGCCGGAGGAUCGGUUUUUACAUGAUACCCUGUUUUAUGCAACAUAGCGAAAUUAACUCUUAGUGUAGUGUUCCUACCUCAGUCUGUAGUUAAUGGUGUUUCUAUGCAGUGCGUGAUAGUCUCAAACUUGACAUUUUUCACCCCAGGUUAAAGAUGCAGUAUUCCCUUGUUUCAGCUGCUGCCGUACCCGCGUGGUGUCACCUCGGCGUACCGCCUGCCCCAGCGGCCGCCCUGCUCUCAAUACUUUGUACGUUAGGCACCUUCCUUUGAAAGAAACGCGAUGCGUCCGAGUAUUGACCUUGAAAACCUUUUCCAUCAGCUUACUUUAGGAUAGCUAUAAAUGCCAGACCUAGGUUACCUCUGCAGUGUUCACCCAGCAUUUUACUGCAAAAACCACGAGAACUGGUAAUUUUUCAUUGUACGUUUUUCCUGUAUGUUCCAUAUUAUGUCUUGUGUUUCACUACUUGUUAGUUUUACCUGUCUUUAUAUUAAAAUGUUGUUUCCAUAGAUUCUUAUAUCAGAAAAAAAAAAUAUCUCGUAAUAGCAUACUGCAUCUUUAAGCAGUAGACGGUAAAAUACCUGAAAAUGUGAAUUUCUUAGUUUUCAUAAAAAGAAAAAUCUAGAAAUUAACCUUUCAUGUGCCAAAUACUGUAAGUUACAUUUUCCUUCAAAAUGUACCUUUUUCUACAUACUCAAUAUCUUAGUUAGCAUAAAAUCAUUGGUGCCAUGAAAAGUAUUUUUAAAUUUAAAUAAAUAUUUAAAUAUCA